CAUUAGUAAGUUCGAUCGCGCUGUAGUUCUGUCGAACAGUUAGGCUAUAUAAAUAAUAAAAAGGAAACUAUUGAGAACAUUUUGAUCCUUACCUCCACACAGCCCUGUCGAUAGUUUAAGGGAGUAAUUCUUAUAUUUUAAUACGCUUUAUUUUUAAGGGGUGUGUCCUCAGAAUUUAUUGUUUUGGUUUUGGACGUGACGUCAGCGGACAGCUGUGCAUAUUAAGGCGCUAGCGCUGUCAGUGCGGGAUGUGCAAGGACACCAGUCGUUACAGUGACCGAGCUGCUGUUGGGUUUUUUUCGUCCGCCGUAGAGAAAUACUGGCAAGGGAGGGAGGUAGUUGGGUUUGUACCUUUAAGAAAGGGCGGAGAAAGUAGAGCCCCGCGGGUUGUGUGUUGAGCGCAGUGCUGGUCCUGUUUAGGUACUUCGUUAUUUACUCUGCUAUUUUCGUUGUGCUGAUCUUACUGCGUUAUGUGUUAUUUAUGAAGGACGCUUGGAGGCGUGGUUCGUAAAAAUUAUCAAUUUAUUACAACAGUCUCGAGGAGGCGGGCUCGGAUACAGUAAAGAACAGUAAAGAGGCAUCCAGACAACACUUACACAUCUUUGAUAAGACAGACUCCAUUCAUGUCUCCUCCAAUGCUAGCCUGAAAAAUGAUAGAGAUGUCACUUGACAAAGAAACUGUUUUAUCAUGUGAGGGGCAAACAGACCCAUCUUAUCAACAGCACUCAGAACAUUCUCGAAACAAUACCAGCAUACCCGGAAAGACCACAGGUACAAGUUUCAGCAAAAAGGAUAGUGAAGAACCAAGAAAUGAGACAUCACAGGAGCACAAUGAUAAAAACUCCACAACAGGUAACGGAGCAGUGAGUGAAUGUAGCGUGCUUGGGGCCGAAUCUGGGUCUACAAAGACCCAGAAUGAUCCUCAACAGUCAAAACCCCAACAGCAGAGACUCAACAAACGACGCAACACUAUGAGUGCUGGCUUCAAGCACCCUUGUUAUGGGAAGCGACGACGGCGUGCCAACUCCGAAAGCGAGUCGGUCCUGCCAACUAACUUCCUGCUGGGCGGGAACAUUUUUGACCCGCUCAACCUCAACAGCCUUCUGGAUGAAGAGGUUAACCGGGCCCUCAAUGCAGAGACACCCAAGUCUUCGCCAUUACCGGCCAAAAGCAGAGAUCCUGUAGAGAUCCUGAUACCAAGAGAUAUCACAGACCCCCUCAAUCUCAAUUGCCCUAGCACAGGAGGCCGCAAUCGGCUGGUGUCCCCCUUGAAAAAUGGUGGAGGCAAGCGAAGACAUCGGAACAAGCACCAUGGAGCAGGUUCAGGAGGAGGUGGAAUGGUCACACAAUCUGAUUUACCGGAGUCUAAAUGUUGUACAGAAGAUCAGACUGGAACCACAUCACAUUUUAAGUCAGGCAGUGUGGUGGACAGCCUCGUCCCUGAGGCCCUGAAAGAGGACAAUAUGCUAUUGAUCUCCACUUUUGAGGUUCCAUGUUCAAAAAAACCUAAUUUAUCUACAAAUGGCGGUGAACUGAAGGAAAAAAUAGGAUGUGUUCCACCCACCAAUGACAAUUCUACGGUACCGCCAUCUGCAAACCCCACCAACCCUUCAUCAAGCAAGCAGCGCAAACGUAAGCGGGCUAUGGGGAGAUUGGAGGAUGGCAAUGGUUCAAAUGGGGCGAGAAACUGGGCUCCAAGAUCCGGGGGGCAUUCUCAGCCCUUUUACUCCCCAGGGCCAGGCCCUCGUACAGGUGGUACAGACAGGCCUCAACAGCAUCUAAACCAUUGGAGGUCACAGAACAAUGACAACCAGCACCAACAACAGCAGAAAAAGAAGUUUCAGUUCGGCAACUAUAACAAAUACUAUGGUUAUCGGAACCCAGGGCUGACCGAAGAUCCUCGUAUCUGUGUUUUGAAACCUGAGUGGUUCCAAGGAAAGGUUGUGCUGGAUCUGGGCUGCAACACCGGCCAUCUGACGUUGUCCAUCGCCAAGAACUGGCGACCGGCACGGAUUGUGGGCCUGGAUAUCGAUGGAGCCCUGAUACAUGCUGCCCGACAGAACAUACGCCACUACCUCUCUGAACUCCACACAGAACAGGCCCGACGUUUUGGGGAAAAUGGAGAACAGAAUAGAGUAGAGUACAGCAAAUGGGAUGAUUUACCAGAAGAAGAAAAAAAGAGAAAGGAGAAAUAUGGAGAAGGGUUUAGGGGAGAAAAAGAGGAGCAUUCUUCACUUGAAAACAAAAAGUGUUCAGAUGGAAAGAACAAAUACAUAGACAAAGGAGGGAUGGUAGAUUGUGGACUUGCAGAAAGAGAGAACGACAAAGGGAAUGAUGCAGAGAAUAAGUCCACAGAGGCUGAUCAUGAAGGAGUGAGAGGGAAAAUAGAGGAUGGGGAAUGUGUUGGCCUCCCUGAUGGGAAGCAUUCAUUCCCUGUUUCACUCCGAAUCUCAAGAGGACCCAUAGCUGGCCCUCCUUUGUCUGAGACGAACACAAACAUCCUCCCUCCUGGAGAUUUCCCUGCCAACAUCACCUUUGUCAAGGGGAACUAUGUGCUGGAAAGUGAUGCGCUGCUGCAGAUGCAAAGGGAAGAGUAUGACGUGAUCCUGUGUUUGAGUGUGACAAAAUGGGUCCACUUGAACUGGGGUGAUGAUGGACUUAAACGGCUCUUCCAAAGGGUUUACAGGCACCUGCGGCCAGGAGGACUCUUCAUACUGGAGCCUCAGCCCUGGAACUCCUACAGCAAGAGAAAGAAACUCACUGAUGCCAUCUAUAAGAAUUAUCAUAGCAUCUGCUUCAAACCAGAGCAGUUUUCCUCCUACCUGACUACCGAAGUUGGCUUCUCGAGUUAUGAGCUCAUCGGAACUCCACAGAAUUUUUCUAGAGGUUUUCAGAGACCAAUCUACCUUUUUCACAAAGGACCCUCGCCUCAAAAGUGACUCCGCCAGUUAGGACCGCCAGAUUGAACGAGAAACCACAAUGCUUGGAUAUUGAAAACAACCAGCAUUCGAAGCCACUGGAACUUUAAAGAAUUUUUCAUAUUUCUUAAAAAUUUAAAUAAGACUAGGACUGAAUUUGACACUUUCAGUAUUUUGAACUCUUACAUGAAAUCUCAUUGGUGCUGAAAAAGGUUACAUUUCUUCCCCCUGCCAUUAAAAAUAAAGGAAAACCUCCAUGAUAUUCCUGCAAACUCAAAAGCUAUAAAUACAGACCAGAGUUUUUCUGCCAUCCCAAAGAGCUGGUGUUACUGGUAUCUCUCAUAAAGAACAGACCUUGGAGAACUACAUAGUUAAAUCGAAUAGAAUCGGAUCCCAUCAAGUAAAUCCUAAGAUCCUCGUAAACGCAAGUUGUAUUUCAUUUGCAAUGAAAAUGUGGACUUUUGAACAUUUUGUCCACAUUUGAAUUCGUGAGCAAAUCUGCCCUCCUUUUAGCACACAACUGAUAUGUAAACACCUAGGAUUUUAAGAUUUCAGGAUUUAAAAUGUCUGGAGGUUAAGUUUUAAAGAAUAUAUUUUUUUGUUUCAAAAGGAAAUAUUAGAAUGUUCAUUCGAAACUCUGUUUUUUGUGUUUUGUUAUUGCAUUGUCAUCUUUACUCUUAAGUUUAAAACAAAGUAUUGCUAUUAACAUAAAUAGGAAGUACCUUUUUACAUGCAAGCUGUUAAAAGCAUGACAAUUUUAGCAUCUCCCCAUCACCAGGUUUGCAUUCAGACAAUGUCUAAUAUGGUGGUCCAGUUUGACCAAGCUGGUAAAGCUGGUCUGUUUUGAUGGUUUUAGAUGGGUUUGGGGUAUUUGACUACUGGUCAGGCUGGGAGACCAGCCUAGAAUGGCUAAGACCAGAAAACCACCAUAGACUGGUUUAAAUUGGUCUUUUCAGCAGGGUUAUGGGCACUACUUUUUUAAUAGCAAACCGUUUAAUAAGCUGUAUUUCCUGGUCUAACAGGACCACAAUUUCAGUCCUUGAGAUAUUUGAUACUGCUGGUUUGUUAUGAAAAAGUGAGGUUUAUCUCCAUUUGAUGUAUCCAGUAGGCCAGGUAGAUAUCAGAAGGAUGUGAUUCAUUUUUUUAUGUUUUGCAUCAUAGAGAAUGAACCUAAAACAUUUUUUUUAAUAUAAAUGUGUUCUUAUUUACCAACUCUUCAAGUGUAUCAAUAAAGAGGUACAUUUUGUGAAUUGUUUGUCCACAGUUCAUGUCACCACUGAGGUAUGACACCUUGUUGUUUUAUUUCAAUUGAAUGGUUUGCACUAAAAAGAAGGGUCAAAUUGGUGUCCCAUAUUUAUAUUGUAUGUGCAAAUGUAAAGUUGGUGUAUCUCUGAAAAGGGCCAUUUUUCAUUCAAGGGAAUAAUUCAGAUCAUUCGCAAAAUAAACUGCAAAAUAACAUGGAAUCGUCUUGCUGGUCUGUAUUUUUUGCUUUGAACGGAUGAAUCAUGACCUGAAAAUACUUAUUUUUAUUACAUUGAUAAUAAUUAUAGAGAUUGAUCGAUUAUGCUGAUUUAUUUAAGACAGUAUGAAUUGUGUCUCGUCUCCAUUUUC